UUUCUAUGGCGGAAUCAUGAACCUGUUGAGGGAGAUCUGGGUGUUUUCGUCCCCUCCCCUCUCAUUAAUGUGUGCGGUGUGGGUGAAAUGACAGCCCUCUUUUGUGUCAGGGCAAUUUGUUUAUCUACUGCGUGCAGCUCGUACUGCUUCCUCUUUUCUGUCCUGCUUCCCUCUGGCCCUUUCUCUCCGCUCACAUCUACGGCUGCCUCCCUCUUCUAGUGCUCUACGGGCCUACAUGGCAGCUCGUCUUCCCCUCCCGCGGCUGGACCGUGUCGUCUGCUUGGCCCCCUCGUCUGAGAGCCGCACACAGGAGCAGACGGGCGACUUGUGAAAGCGGGCAUCUGACGAGCUUCUCUCUUCUGGUAUCGCUAACGGUCCUUUUACCAUGAGCCAUUCCACUCCAGCUACAGCUAAUGGGAACAAUAAAACAUUUCAAGGAGAUCGCUCCCCUUGUUCUCCAUCAAGAGUACUUCAUAUCCGCAAGAUUCCAAAUGAGGUCACAGAGUCUGAAAUCAUCUCAUUAGGUCUGCCAUUUGGAAAAGUAACUAAUCUUUUGAUGCUAAAAGGAAAAAGCCAGGCAUUCUUAGAAAUGGCUUCUGAAGAGGCAGCUGUCACAAUGGUGAAUUAUUACACCCCUCUCACUCCUCAUCUCCGCAGUCAGCCUGUCUACAUUCAAUAUUCCAAUCACCGAGAACUGAAGACUGACAAUCUGCCUAAUCAAUCACGAGCUCAGGCUGCCUUGCACGCUGUGACUGCCAUUCAAUCUGGGGGUCUGGCACUCACAGGUGGCCCUACUGGUGAAAGCUUGAUGUUGUCUGGACAGAGUCCUGUACUCAGAUUAAUUGUGGAAAACCUGUUCUACCCAGUCACUCUGGAAGUUCUUCAUCAGAUCUUUUCCAAGUUUGGAACAGUAUUGAAGAUCAUUACAUUUACAAAAAACAACCAGUUUCAGGCCUUGCUGCAGUAUGCUGAUUCAUUGAACGCACAACAUGCUAAAGCGGCACUGGAUGGGCAAAAUAUUUAUAAUGCAUGCUGUACUUUGCGCAUUGAAUUCUCGAAGCUGACAAGCCUUAAUGUCAAAUACAACAAUGAUAAAAGCAGAGACUUCACACGCCUUGACUUACCAACUGGAGAUGGGCCGCCAUCCCUUGAAUCCACCAUGGCUGCAGCAUUUGGUGCUCCAGGUAUUAUUUCCUCUCCAUAUGCAGGAGCAGCAGGAUUUGCCCCAACUAUUGGCUUCCCUCAGGCAGGUCUUUCCGUUUCGGGUGUACAUGGGGCUCUUGGCCCUCUUGCUCUUACCACUUCAGCAAUCACUGGUCGUAUGGCAUAUCCAGGGAUGACUGCCAUUCCUGGUCAUUCUGUUCUCUUAAUCAGCAAUCUAAAUCCCGAUCUUAUUACACCUCAUGCACUCUUCAUCUUGUUUGGGGUCUAUGGAGAUGUCCACCGUGUGAAAAUACUAUUUAACAAAAAGGAAAAUGCAUUGGUGCAAAUGGCAGAUUCAAACCAAGCACAACUGGCCAUGAGCCAUCUAAAUGGGCAGAGGCUUCAUGGAAGGGUACUACGAAUUACUCUCUCAAAGCAUCAAUCUGUCCAGCUUCCUCGUGAAGGGCACGAAGACCAAGGCCUUACAAAGGACUACGCCAACAGCCCGUUGCAUCGCUUCAAGAAACCAGGCUCCAAGAACUUCCAAAAUAUCUUUCCUCCCUCUGCAACACUGCACCUGUCUAACAUCCCGCCUUCAGUCUCUGAUGAUGACCUUAAGAGAUUAUUUGCAAGCACUGGAUGUUCAGUAAAAGCCUUUAAAUUCUUCCAGAAAGAUCGAAAGAUGGCCCUUAUCCAACUUGGAUCACUGGAAGAAGCUAUACUGGCUCUAAUUGAACUGCACAACCAUGACUUGGGAGACAACCACCAUCUGAGAGUUUCCUUCUCAAAGUCAAUGAUAUAAUUUCUGCACCAUUAUUUUCCCACUUAUUUUCUUGAAAAGACUGGACCAUAGUUUUGGCUAAAUCCCUCAGACAGAGACUGAAGAUGCCAAGGCCAAUUCAGCCUCAUUUGUUAUACUGAACCAACGUGAAAAGAAAAAUAUCCCACAUCGUACAAAAGUUUAUAACACAGAAUGACCAAGGCAUAAAUAUUCCACUGUACAGCAGUGAAAUAAGCAGAUUAUGAGUUGUAUUCAUUUUGUAAACACACCCUGGCGUUCAUUUCCUAUUUGUUCCAAAACAUUACACAGCAUUUUUCUGACAAUCAUCAAGGUUUCAAGUUGCUUUAACGAAAAUCAUGUCUUUUUUAUUGUUUUGGGUGAAAAUGUAAAGGUUUAAAAAAAAUCUUUGUUAUUUAUAUCUGUACAGAGGUUAACAUUAAAUGUGUUUAAGGGACACCUAUGCUCCUCUAUCAUAAAUUAUAUUUGAAUUUUUAUUGCAUUAAAUGUGAAGGUCCUUGAUGUUAUAGGAUGGUUGAUUGUAUAUCAAUUGAAAAAUACCUUCGUACCCACCAAAUUUUUUGUUAAUUUUUUUAAAUAUUUUUUAGAUUAUGCACUAAUAUUUGUCAGUCUGUGUUGUAUACUUUUUCAGUUUUUCUGCAAAAUUGUAGACUUGCUAUAUAUAAAUUGAAAAUACAACUCAAUACAUUCAAGCAUUAAGAAUUACAAAAUGGCUUUUGCCAGAUGAGAUCUGUUGUGUAAACAAUGAUUUUGGAACAAAAUGAAAAUGUUCACAAUUAAACAAUGAGCUAUUUUUUUUUCUGAUCAAAAAUAGAAACGUUUACAGUCUUAACAAUAUGAUUCAGGUCUCAUUUGGUUUUUGCAGAUUUUUAAGAGAUUAUUUUUGGUAAUGUGUUAAAGACUUAAACCUCAAGGGUUUUUUGUACCACUAUAGUAACUGAAAUCUAUACAUCAAAAUUACUGUGUACUUAUUUUACUUAUGUGCCUUAUGUGCUUAUACAAAUAGGCUAGAUUAUUUCUGAUGUACCUUCUGCAAUCUUUAUUGUGGGCUUGGUGAGAGAGUUUUUGCUCCUUUAUAUUUCUAGAUUUUAUUUUUUGUUUGUGUUUUUAAUAUAUAUGUUUGCUUUUUCUGUUGUGUGCAUCAAGGUUACUGUUCUUUUUAGCAGUAGUGAAAGCUAAUAAGAAAACGGUAAUAGAGAAUAGAGUAAAUGACAAAGCCUGCAAAUCUGUAAUUUGUAUACAUGCUUUCUAGAAGGUGGCUGGAUAUAUUGAAAGUAUACAAGCUAGGCUUUUUAAUUGAGAAACUGGGUUUUGAGGCUUAAAAGGAUGUACCCACCUAUUGUAAGCCUCAGAAAAACUGGUGUGUGUUUUUUCCAUGGCUAAAAUGCAUGUUAAUUUCGCUAAAAUAUCUGUGUGUUUGAACUAUAUUAUUGAGAUUCAGUGUGAGAGAGAGUCAAUAUUUCUGGCCUUUGUUUGUUUUUCUUUUUGUACUGAUUUAGAAAAAAAUUGAGGAAAGGAAACGAUUCCGAUACAACCAUUGUCCAAUUCAUAUUAGAUGGGCAACACAGACACCCUGUUUGUACUCGGGUUUAAGUCAUCCACCCUUUGUGUACAUAGAUGCAAGUACAUGGCCUGGGUAGAAACUGUGUGCUUACACACAAAAUGCACCUCAAUGUGCACUUACAGCUGCAGGAAAAAAGAAAACAUGUUGAUCCAUAUAUUGUUUGUGUGUUGUUUUUUUUCCGUCAGACUUUCAGCUGGCUUUAAAACACAUGUGAAUGUACCCAUAUGUUUAUUUAAUUACAUUGUUUUAUUUUAAAUAUCAAUUGUUGAAUUUGGAAUGUCAGUGAAAGCAUUUCUUACUGUCUAGUAUGAUGGUCCAAAAAUGGUUGGUUUGUUUGUGUACCUGUUGAAAGAUGGUAGCUAUUGGCCUGACUUCUUUAUUCCUGUAUGCGUUCCAUAGUCUGCAAACUGUUCCCUCACUCAGGUUAUCUUUAGUCUUUAUUUUUUUUUUCUCCUGAUGCAUAACAAAAUGCAAAAAAAA